AUGUUAUCCAAGGGCGCAACAAACAUAACAAGAUCCUUCAUUAGGACAUGUAUUGGAGGACAACAUCAUCAACAUCAACAACAACAUGGCUUCUACUCCUCCUCCUCAUCAUCAUCGUCAUCAUCAAAUGAUAGCCACAACAACAAUAACAACACCAACAACGAUAAUACAAAGAAUGGAAAUGGAUGGUGGAAUAGGAUAAAGACACCAUUGAUUGUUGGUGGUGUGAUCACUGGUACAUUGACAGCAACAGCAACAUUGAUGGCAUUGGAUGAUGUAAAGACUGCUCCAAAGCCAUUGGAUGUCCAUCAUCUAUUGAAGCCAUGUGAUAAUGGAAAGGAGAGAAUAGUAGUACUUGGCACAGGAUGGGCAUCAUUGGCCUUCAUCAAAGGUAUCGACCUUGACAAGUUUGAGAUAGUAGUUGUCUCACCAAGAAAUUACUUCCUGUUCACACCAAUGUUGACUGCAUCAACUGUUGGCUCUGUCGAGGUGAGGAGUAUCUCUGAGCCAAUCAGAAGGAUACUUAAUCGUUUGUCAAAGAAGAACACAUUCUACAUUGAGGCAGAGUGCACAUUGAUCGAUCCAAACACCAACACUGUAACACUCAAGGAUAUUGGACACUUGUUAUCAUUAGAUAAAGCAGCCAAUAUGGUGGAUAUGGUCCAGAUACCUUAUGACAAGUUGGUGAUUGCAGUUGGAAGUGCGCCAAAUACAAUGGGCACAUCUGGUGUCAAGGAGAACUGCUACUUCCUCAAGGAUGCCAAGGAUGCCAUCAUCAUCAGAGGUGGAAUUAUGGACUGCUUUGAGCGUGCCAGCUUUCCAAACCAAACAGAGCAACAAAAGAGAGACCGAUUGCACUUUGCCAUCGUUGGUGGUGGUCCAACUGGAGUGGAGUUUGCUGGAGAGAUACAUGAUUACAUUUAUGAUGACUUGUCCAAGAUAUUCCCAGAGUUGAUGAAAUACUGCAAGAUAUCAUUGAUUCAAUCAGCUGAUCACUUGUUGAACACUUAUGACAAGAGCAUCAUUGAUUACACCGAGAAGCACUUUGGAAGAUCAAACAUUGCAACUUUGUUCAGUUCAAGAGUAACAUGUGUCGAUCCAAACAAACUAACUGUGGUCAGCAAGGCAGAGAAGAAGAACGUUGAGUUGCCAUUUGGAAUGUGUGUCUGGGCGACUGGAGUAGGUCCGACAGCAUUGACAGCAAACUUUUGUAACUCAAUCGAGGAGCAGCGUAACAACAGAGCCAUUUCGACGGAUACCUAUUUCAAGGUGAUUGGCGUGCCCCAACAGAAUAUCUACGCAAUUGGCGAUUGUGCCACCGUCACACAGCAGAAGCUGCUCGACCACUUGGGUGAUCUGUUCAAGGAGGCCGAUGAGAAUGGCGAUGACAAGCUGUCGAUCGAUGAGCUGAUCCAUCUCGUCAAGAACAACACCAAGAAGUAUCCCCAGCUGGAGGCCUUUGUCAGCGUGCUUCCAGAGAAGUUUGCCGAGUGCGACGCCAACAAGGACAACUUCCUACAAUUCGAGGAGUUUCAGCGUUUGGUCGCACAGAUCGAUGCUAACUUGACCACGCUGCCCGCCACAGCCCAGGUGGCCAACCAGGCCGGCAAGUACUUGGCCACCUCCCUCAACGACUUUGCCAGGACCAAGGACCCAUCGGUGAUCGUACCAUUCCGCUACCGUCACCUUGGCUCCUUUGCCUACAUCGGCCACCACAGUGCCGUUGCCGACAUACCCAACAUGUUUGCCGGUGGUGGCUUUGGAGUAUGGUGGGCAUGGCGCGCCAUCUACCUCGAGAAGCAGUUCAGUUGGAAGAACCAGACACUAGUCUCACUCGACUGGUUCAAGACCAUCAUGUUUGGACGUGACAUUUCAAGGCUCUAG